AGUCUGAAUUGUGUUGGGAUGGUGUUAGUGUUUGUCCAACCUUCUUGAAUGUUAAAAUCAUAUUUAUUUUGUGCGUUAUGUCAGAAUCUUAAACGUAACAAUUCGUUGACAUUGAGCAUUAGACAAGUUGAAAUGCAUGUUCUGUCAUGGGACUUAUGGAUAAUACAUUUUAAAGAUAUUUAAUGAGAAUUUUGUAACCUGAGUUCUCUCUUUAAGUUCAGUUCUUGACCACCUCCAAGGAAAAUCUUGAGUGACCAGAACCGCCCUCGUGAUGUGAGAGGAGACUGACAUUGACCCUGGGAUCACGGGGUGUAUGUUGCCAUUCAUCUGGUGAUUUUUUAGAGGUGAAGUACCGGUGCAAACUCUGGUAUUACCGAGUGACAUCGCUGAAUGACAACAAAAAAUACUUCUACCUACGACUGGACUUGCUCGAGAAAUGCAUUGCAAAAUGACUAAGUUCAACGUUGAAAGAUUACAAAGACAGCGACAUUCCCUUUGUAGUUUAUAACCAACACGAAGAAAUGCCAGUGAAUUUUAUAUAAUCUCGUGUUAGUUGGUUUUUUAUAAUCUGACAGUCAGACUUUUAGUCAAGAUGGGGAAAUUGUCGGAAGAAAACUAUGACAUUCACAGCACCACCCGUAUGAGGAAUGUUGUGGAGCAGAUGAACAGAAGUGCACGGUGUAGGUGUUGCUUGUGGAUGGUGGCGCUGUGGUGUGCUGCCACUGUUAUUUUCAUGCUGGCCGGCUAUGACACCGUAGUGCACUCCGUCGCUGUGGAUCAGAUGGUGCUACGUCAGGGUAGUCAGAAGUACGAGUCGUGGAUAGACACGCCCGUGCCAGUGUACUACCGGGUACAUGUUUUCAACCUGACUAACCCUAGCCAGUUUAUGGCCGGCGCCAGACCGAGGGUGCAGGAGCUGGGACCAUACGUCUACCUUAUGAAGGAGAGCAAGGAAGAGAUCGAGUUUCAUAAGAACGGUUCUGUUUCUUAUCGCUCCAGACCCAUGUACUUCUUCCAGCCCCAGAUGUCGUCUGGCGCGGAGGAAGACACUAUUGUAUCGGUCAACAUUCCCUUUGUGAACGCCGCCGAUGCUGUCAAAGACCAAGGAUUCUUACGCGUGAUCAUCCAGGUGGCAAAGAAACUCCAUAACUUCCAGACGCUAAGAAAACUUACUGUUGGGGAGCUCUUGUGGGGCUACAAGUCGGAGGUCAUGGACUGGGCGAGGACCCUCCAGGAGCUACCCUACCCUCACCAGCUGUUUGGGCUGCUGGUGGGGUUCAACGACUCGGUGCAGGAGCCAUAUACUAUGCACACGGGCAAAGGUGACGCUACGAAGAUGAACCAGAUCAUCGCCUGGAACGGGCGGCAGACACUUGACUUUUGGAGUGGCGAUCAUUGCAACGAGAUACGGGGCACCGAUGCCAACGGGUUUGCCCCCGGGGUGUCGAAAGAAGACAAAUUAUACAUUUUCAAUGGCCAGCUUUGUCGGGCGAUACCCCUAGUGUACAACGAAACUGUCGUCCAAUCUGGUAUUGAUGCUUAUCGCUUCGUGCCGCCUGACGACGUGUUUGACUACGGUGUCAAAAACCCAGAGAACGCCUGCUUCUGUAGCAGGGGCGGAUGUCCCCCUAGUGGGAUCCUGGACAUGAAGCCGUGUUACUGGGGCGCCUCAGUGGGCUUCUCGUUUCCUCAUUUCUACAAGGCGGACCCAAAUCUCAGACACAUCGUCCGAGGUCUCAGACCAGACCCAAAGAAGCACAGAACUGAGUUUGACAUUUACCCUGAUCUGGGUGUCCCACUACGAGUCAAACUCCGUAUGCAGAUGAAUGUGAUGCUGGACAGCAAUCAAGCUCUCGAACGUGCCCGACACUUCGACGUGGUUCUACCCAUAUUUUGGUUUGAAGUUGGGGUUGAUUCCCUUCCUGGGGAAGUAGUGGGCUUGCUGAAACUGGCCCAGAACCUGCCUCCAGUGGUGAAAACAACUAGUGUUACCCUGUGUACUGCACUUACACUCAUCUUCUUGAUACUGCUUCUGGCCCAGACGGUGGCUGCAUGGUGUGGCUGGGGGUCAGCCGGGGCACGGAAACGUCCACAUACCCCCGAUGACCUUCCUCACCAUACCCACUAUCGCCCCUCUCCUCCCUUAUGGGAAUAUGAUGAAUUACAGAAACCCCCUAGACGAGGUGACUCGAUUGCUUCUUCAUCGAGUUACAAGGACUCUCUCACUCCAACCCUUCCCCAUCGUGGUGUUGACAUUCCCAUCAUAGAUGACCACACUUUGCUUCCUCCUUAUCGUCGUACCCACAACCAGGACAUUCCUGAUUCUAUACCACACCUAGAAUGUGAAGUGAAUGAGAGUAUUGACGCUGAUCAAGUACCUCCUCCCUACAGUCCUGGGCCACCGCUUCGCACACCAUCUACAGUUUCAGUGGAAAUUCAUAUUACAGCCUCUGAUGACGAACUGCCAGAUCUGCCCCUUGAUCUUCCAAUAAAAAACAGCAUUCCUUUAGAGGAGUGUCCACCUGACUAUGAACAGGAAACUCAGCUCUCUCCCGAUGAGGAGGAGGAUGAUGAGAAAGAGGAGCCAGAUAGAGUAACUCCAACCACACCACCACCCCUCCCUGGAGAGCAUAUUGUAGCUCCACUAGCACGAGGAGAAGAUACCUUAGAUUUGGAGGGGAAUUCUGAAUCCUCCCAUCCACCCCCACCACCUGAUGAUCCACCUGCAUAUUCAGAAUCACCAACAGACCCUGGCAAGUCUCCUUCUCCCAAAACUACUGCCCCACUAGCCACCUCAAGUCCCCAAGGAUCAGAUGGUAGCAACAAUACCAGUCACAGUAAAUUACCUCCACCACUGGAAUCAGAUUUAUGAGGCGAUGUCACUUUUAAUGAUGAACUUCUAAUUUCUGAGUGGUUUCCUUUAUUAUAGUUUGACAUUUUUUUAAAGGAAAAGUAAGAUUCUCACAAACACUAGUGAAAGUUAUUGUGCAAAUGAUGACAAGUACUAUUAUAUUUUAGUACAGUUUUUGUUUUAAUGCUGUGAUUUGACAACAUGACAAGUGUCUGUUGUAACUUUUUUCCUCUAUUUUUUUUCUCAGUGUUAACCAUCUGCUCACAAAGUCUCCAUGCUGUAGUGUUAACAGUGAACUUGGGUCACAAAUUAUUCCAACCCUUUGGGUUUUGUGUAAACUGAAGCAAGAUUUUUUUUCUCAAAAUUGAGACCUACUGUAGUUGUGGGAUUAUUUGUUAAUAAUAAGGAAACUAAUUACACUGGGUUUGCAAUCGUUUUGAAUGGAAUCAGAAUUUUAUUUUGGGUGAGGAAUUAGGAAUUUAUCUGAUAAGGACUUCCUAUUCAUAAAUGGUAACGUAAUUACACCCAGUUCUUUAACAUUCAAAAGAUUCAUGUGGAACAUGUACAGUACUGAAGUUGGUACUUUUAAAAAAUAUCCACAAAGAUCUCUAGUUUUUUGUAUUAUAAGAAUUGAAUGUUCUUAUGUUUUGUGACCAUCAUAGGUUGUGCACUGGCACUCAGUUUACACAGGAAAGUUUGGAUCUGUGCACUUAGCGAUUUUCAUAUUCAUUUAAUUUAACAGACUGAAUUUGAUAACUGGAUGAGUUAGGGUUUUUAUCACUUAAUCUUUAGGCUUAAGCCUUCACUGAGGUAUUUAUGUGCAGAUUAAGAAUUAAGACUUCUCAUUGUUCACACAUCAUGUUUAGGAUUUUCUCAACCAUAUCAUGAUUGUUUAUGGAAUGUAUUUGUUCUCCAUGUGCUAUGGUAACAUUUUAAGUUUAAUGUACAGGUAUUUAACUGUAUUUAUUAAUGCAUAAUGUUAUAUACAGUACAGUACUGGGAGUUUAAUCAUAGGGUCCUUUGAUACCCAGUCACAUGUCUUUCAUCUUAUAAUUACUGUACUGUACAGAUACAUUACUUAUAGUUGAUGUGUAUCUGUUGCCUGGCUCACUAGUGACUUUUUGUUUUGUGAUACUCGGUUAUGUGAGCUCUAUAGAACCCCAGUUAUGAGUAACUCUGGCAAGUGUGGGAAAUGACUGUAAAACAGUGAUGGUGACGAAGAUGUCACAUUACAGUAUUGGAUGGCCAUACAUAAUCAUUACUGCAGCUUGUCUCAACCACAGAGUACUGAACCAUUUUCAAUUGUAGCAACAAAACUUUAAACUUGCCUGCAGCAAAUACUGUACAGAUACUGCACUGUGCUUUAUGUCAUUGACUUGUUUGCUCAGUAUGAGGAUAUCAAACCUAACAGACCUAAAUAGCAAGGGUAUCAUAUACUGUACUUGUACUGCCAUUAUUUAUUUUUGUGGUGAAUGUAUUCUCAUCCUUGCAAUGUGUUUAAGUAGUAUGUCUGAAGUCAGUUGUACAAGUAUUUCAAAUCCUUUCCUCAUUGUGGAGAUAAGGACAGCUUUCUAGAUCCACAUUCAAUUCACUGCUGAGAAAAUGUUUUAUAUACUUCUGUGGCCACUUGUAUGACUGAAAUGAAUGGAGUUAUCACUUAUCAUGAAUCUUUUACAGUAUGUAGAUGGUUGUAGAUUUUAAUUUUGAAAUUCAGUUCAAAUGUAGAAUGCUUGCAAUACUAUGAAUAUCGUAUGAAUUUGUAUCUGCCAAAAUAGGUUAAAUUGUAUUUUAUGUAUGUAAGGUGUUUUACAGUAUCCAAGUGUACUAGCAGUAUUAAUUAUCCUUCAUAAUGAAGGAUUUGGGAAAUUUUAGGGAAUAUCAUUCAUGUGAAUGUUACUUUAAUAAAAAAAAAUUCUUAUUAAACCCACAUGAAACAUGUUCUGCCAAGUACAAGGUUAAGCUGGCUACAACAAUUUAUUUUGUACAGUAGGUGUUUUUAUUUGUAUGGUGUUUUUAAUGGCAUUGUGUAACAUUUUACUGAAAAGAAUCUUCAGUCAUAUUUUGCAAAUGAUUCCUUAUAAACAGUGCUUAACUGUGCCUCAGCUUUCACACAUGUACUUGCUUUCAGCAGCAUUUUAUGCAAUAUUUUUCUGAGAAGUCUCUUGUUAGUCUUGAUUAUAGAUUGGUUUUAUCCAGGGAGAGACAUUACUUCAUUAAAUCAGAUGCUAAUUUAGUUGUUAUUAAAAACAAAAGCAAUACUGAAAUUGCAGUAAAAGUCCAUGAAAUUUGAAAAAUUCAGCAUCCAAAUAGUGCAGAAAAACGCCAAUUUACUCCAGUAUUUAUCUUUGAAUCUAGCAGUCAUUACUUCAAUAUUAUCACUGAUAGGAGAUUUUUCUUGAACAAUAUGAUUUAAGGUUCAACCAAGGAAUACAUAUCACAAGAUUUUGCUGCACAUACAGUAUUUACCUUGAGCAAUAUUCUGGAUUAUACUGUAUCUUUUUUGUUCACACAGGUACUAUACUUUGAAUGAAUAAAAUGUGCCUUUGUCCCAAAUAUUCAUCAUAAGAAUGACUGUAAGAUAUAUUUUUGAUAACUGGUUUACUGUGCAACAAAACCAUUUUGUUCAUGCAAAUAAAGUAAACUUUGCU